AUGGUGUAUCGCGGUCGCCCCUCAACAGGCUGCAAGAACUGCCGUGAGCGCAAGAUCAAGUGUGACGAGAGCUUGGAUGGCUGCCUAAAGUGUGCCAAAGCCGCCAUAACAUGUCCUGGGUACGAUCGUAGCGUGGACGUGUUCUUCCAUGACGAAACAGCCAGGACUAAGGUCAAGGCAAAGAAAGCAAAAGUAAAGGCGAUAGCUUUACGCGAUGCACGAUAUGCGAGUAGCAGUGCUUCGUCGGUAGGCUCAAACGAGCUCUCGCCGUCAUCCGUCGUCGCUCAGAAUACACCCAGGAAAGAAUCACCUGGUGUCCUCCUCGUAGCACCCUUGAUCGAUCAAGGCAUCGCCUACUUCAUGUCUCACUAUGCCACCGGUUUAGAUCAGCCUUCGAUCCGGUCUGAGGCGUACAACAAACAUCUGGCCACCAGCGGGUUCCAUCCUGUCAUUGCCACAUCAAUGACCGCUCUUGGACUCGCUGGCGUGGCCAACAUCUACAAAGACACGACCCUCAAAGACCAGGCAACCAGGUGGUACCUCGAUGCCAUCAGAAAGACCAACUCCGCCAUCACACACCCUAAAGAGGUGACCUCGGACACCACACUGCUGGCCAUUACCCUCCUAGGCAUGUUUGAGGCUACAUCCAACGAGUACUCCCUCCAUGCUUGGAGCGAGCACGUCGCAGGCGCCGCCUCUCUCGUCAAGAUGCGCGGGAUGAAACAAUUCACAUCGCCAGCAGGAAGACGGAUGUAUCUGCAUGCAAUUGGACUCCUCACAAUGAACUGCCUGGGAGAUAGCACCGCCUUGCCACCGUACGUACGCGAGAUGAAUGAGGAAAUUAGGAAGUACUCUGCUGGCAUAGAUCCGAGAAACCGCUUCUUCUUUCUUCAGCAAGAUGUCAUCAACCUUCGUGCACAAAUCAUGCAAGAUCUAGCGAUGAGCCUGCAGAGCAUACUUGAUCGCUCACUUGAGCUCAGUCUUGUGGCUGAGAGGGUCUUCGAGGAUGCCGGACCAGAGUGGAGCUAUGAUGAGGUCGCGCUUACAGAGACGAGCUCUCUCGUCUUCGGUGCAACAUACCACAUCUAUCCUAGCCAUGCCACGGCCCAGACUUGGAACUGGGUACGUUACACCAAGAUUUACAUCCACGACAUCAUCCGCAAUACCAUCCUUGCCGGCCUUUCCGCAUCACCUCCGACCUUCGUAGGCACUCCGUAUCUGCUGCAGCUGGCAAAGAGCGUCGAGCAGCUGCAAAAGGUACAGUCCGACAUCCUCGCAAGCGUACCGCAGUUCUUGCAUGAUGUCCCGAAAGUUGCCCCACCUCCACAGUCGUAUCCUACGCCACUGCCAUCGCUGUCAAGGGUCUUGUCGUCCGAGUCUCUCUCAUCAUCAGAGUCCCUCGCCGGCCCAUCCUCCGAGGCUGACACACCUCAGCCUUUCUCCAAACCUCACAAGCUGUUCUUCGAGAACUUCAGCUCGGAAGACAUUCUACCAGAGCCUUCUCUUGUGUCGUCCGACAACAUCAGCGAUCGCCUUCCCAUCGUACGCAUCUCCGGCGGGCACUCCACACUGUGGGCACUUUACAUAGCUGGCUCGAUGCCCACAGCGGAGCGUGCGACGCAGGAGUACAUCAUCAGGUGCUUGGGUCGAUUCGAGAGGGAGUUUGGAAUCAUGCAGGCAAAAGUGCUGGCGGCUGCGAUGAGGUUGAAGAUGGGGCGACAGGAUGUGGAUGGCAUCUGUCCAAGUUAUCUGCCAAAACAGGCUGCGCCGUAUGUGGUGCCGUCGGAGGGAUAA